AUGGAUAGUAACCAUGGGCCCCUAGUAGAGACACAAGCGAGGGUGCAGCGUGAUGAAAACGAGAUGUUAGGCCUCAGAAAAGGUCCAUGGACGGUUGACGAGGACACCAUUCUCGUCAACUACAUCGCCAACCAUGGUGAAGGUCACUGGAAUUCCGUGGCACGAUGUGCAGGUUUAAGGAGGAGUGGGAAGAGUUGCAGAUUAAGGUGGCUAAACUACUUGCGCCCCGAUGUGCGGCGGGGAAACAUCACACUCCAAGAACAAAUACUAAUUCUCGACCUUCACUCUCGGUGGGGCAACAGGUGGUCGAAGAUUGCUCAGCAGCUGCCGGGAAGAACGGACAAUGAAAUAAAGAACUAUUGGAGGACGAGAGUGAUAAAACAGGCGAAGCAACUCAAGUGCGAUGUCAAUAGCGAACAGUUCAGAGACACUUUGCGUUAUGUGUGGAUGCCGCGCUUACUAGAGCGGGUUCAGCCCAAGUCGCAACUUCUGGAGCCUCAGAUGAAAGUGGACACAAACCCAAGUGGAGUUCAGGGUUUUCAUCAACAAACCGGGUUUCACGGUUCAGAUUCAGUGACAGAGUGGGGUAAACCCAACCACUCCACCGGUUCUUACUCGGACUCAUCAUCCGUGGAUCUCCAAGUUCAUUCGAAUUCAGACCAUAACGAUUCUUGGGAUUCGGGUAUCGAUCUGUGGGCAAGUUUCAAUUCGUUGGAACAGGGGAACUGUGGGAGUGAGUCGUUGGAAAGUUUGUGGAAUGACCUCGAAAUAAAAUACAGUUUCCUUCCGUGA